AUGGAAUCAUUAAGAAUUACUUCAUUGCAUUCAAAAGUCAGCCAAGAGAACAAGCCUGCUGUGAACAGCAUGCUUGGAGAGAGGAAAAAGACAUUGAGACCUAUUGAAACCAGUAUUAUUGGCAAUAAAGCCCCUGCUUUUAGCAGGCGGAAGCUUAGUGAUAACAACAGGGACUUAAGACCUAUCCCAAGAAGUGCAGUAUUUCCAUACUAUAUUACAUCCCAAAACGGAACGAAGGUUUGCUCUUCAGAUUGAGACCAAGAGCAAGGACGUGUGAAAAAGAUCGGAAUUCUUAAGAAACAGAAAGCUUACAGAAACUUGUUUGUGCUGCUAGAUCCUGCUAGGAAUCAACAGGCUUCUUAAUUACUUUAUAGUACCUUAGUUAAGGUACUAAGGCCGACAACUACUAAUUCAUAAUAACAAAUUUUUCAUAAAUACUCAAGAUUUUUUGGUCGAUAGCUCUUUAGGCAGGAAACCUG